AUGCGUACUUUAAAGAUCCUGUGCGCUUGUACGACUCUUUCGGCGGCGUUUGCACAAGAUCUUACCAGUUAUGUGUUGCCCGAUACUGGCGAUACCAACGGAGGUAAUACCUUCCCGGGUGUUACCUUGCCGCUGGGCAUAACCAAGCUGGGACCCGACUUGUAUACUGGCUCCGACAGUUAUUCGGGUUAUCAAGCCACCGGUAAUUUCACUGGUUUCAGCAUGCUCCAUGAGAGUGGAACUGGAGGUGCACCGAAGUAUGGCGUAGUUUCCCAGAUGCCAUGGACGAAAGCUGUCGAAAACCCUCUACUCGACCACAAUGAGACGAGAGCAGCGACAGACGUGACGAGAAUCGGCUACUACAAGGCUGCCCUCGGCAGUGGCACAGUGGUUGAGCUCGGUGCAACAAAGCGCGCGGGGUUGUACAAUUAUACUUUUCCAAGCACGACAACAUCCCCUAACAUUAUUGUUGAUGUAUCCCACGUGCUUCCUUCAUAUCGUGGUCAGGGUCUUGGCCAGAGUUAUCGGAGGGGCAACAUGACCGUCGUUGUCGGUGCUGACGGAAUACCAACGAGAUACGAAGGGUUCGGCUCAUAUGAUAAUGGGUGGAAUCGUGCACCAGAGUGGACGGUUUACUUUUGUGGCUACUUUGACCAACCCUCAAACUUUAAGACGUUCCAAGGGACAGCUCCCUUGGCGACAACACUGGCAGAGUACAGUACUUCGACGACGGUUACAUCGGACUCGCGUGUUGGAGCUGUGUUCACAUUCAAUUCAACGAGAGUAGCAUCGAGAGUUGGAGUCUCCUUUACCUCAUCAGCUCAGGCCUGCAAUAACGUCGAGGCCGAAAUCAAAGUGGAAUCGACACUGGCCAAUCUUGAGGAGGACGCCAAGGUAGCCUGGACCAAUGAUGUCUUGUCCAAAGUCACAACUGAAGACACUUCGAACGUUACUCAGUUGCAGCUUCUGUAUAGUUCGUUCGAGCCAUAUUACGAUGAUAUCUUCACUUUCUGGGACCUGUUUCGAUGUACCACCUCCCUGUUUCACAUUAUCCAACCUGCCGCCUACGAAGAGUUCAUUCGCUCUCUUGUAGAUAUCUGGCGUAACGAGGGCUUCAUGCCUGAUGCGCGUUCUUCAUUCUGGAAUGGGGCAACACAAGGUGGAUCGAACGCCGACAACGUACUGGCUGAUGCAUAUGUCAAGGGGGUCCGAGGAGCCGUCAACUGGGAGGACGCUUACUCGGCUAUGGUCACGGACGCGGAGGUGGUGCCGGCCAACAACAAUGACCCGAGGGAUAAGAGCUCCUCAACAAAAGAAGGAAGAGGUGCUCUCCCGGACUGGCUUGAGCACGGCUAUAUCACCACAACCUAUGGCCGCUCAGUGAGCCGGGCUAUCGAGUACGCCGGCAACGACUUUGCGCUACAUCAGGUGGCGUCCGGCCUCGAGAAGACGGAGGAUGCUGCAAAGUAUCUCUCGCGCUCGCAGAACUGGAGGAACCAAUGGAAUCCAAACAUGACCCACGGAAACUUUACUGGAUUCCUAGGCCCCAUCAACCCCAGUGGAGCGUUCAUCAACCAGGACCCUGUGUCCUGUGGCGGAUGCUAUUGGGGUGAUUAUUACUACGAGGCCCUUCCCACCGAGUACUCAUUCAAUGCACACCACGACAUGGAGCACCUCAUCGAGCUGUCGGGCGGCACGGACGCCUUCAUCCAACGGCUCGAGCUCAUGUUCACGGACAACCUGUUCAACCCGGGCAACGAGCCCAGCUUCACGACGCCGUACCUGUUCAACUUUGUCGGCCGCCAGGACCGGACCGUCUACCACACGCGCUCCGUCGCCAAGACCCGAUACGCCCCGACGCCCGGCGGCCUGCCGGGCAACUCGGACGCGGGCGCCAUGGAGAGCUGGGUGCUGUGGGUCAUGCUGGGCCUGUACCCGCUGACGGGCCAGACGACGUUCCUGAUCGGCUCGCCGUGGUUCAGCGACCUGACCAUGCACCUGGGCGGGGGCCGCGACCUGCGCAUCACCACGACGGGCAGCGGCGAGGACGCUUACUACGUGCAGAGCCUGCGGGUCAACGGCCAGGCGUGGGACAAGGCCUGGGUGAGCUGGGACGACGUCUUCGCGGAUGGCGGUACGCUCGACUUCGUGCUGGGCGUCGAACCCGUGCGCUGGGACACCGGCCCGCCACCGCCGAGUCCAGCCAGUGGGAGCGGAAGCACCUCCAGCCCCAGGAAGGUCAAGAGAAGCCGCCCAUAG